GUACUAUGUGUGUGUGGCCAUCCUGAUCUACUUCCUUCCACUGCUGGUGAUGGGUUGUGCUUAUCUGGUGGUGGGACUGACGCUCUGGGCCAGUGAGAUCCCUGGAGACUCCUCUGACCGCUACAAGGAGCAGCUGACUGCCAAACGCAAGGUGGUGAAGAUGAUGAUUGUGGUGGUUUGUACGUUUGCCAUCUGUUGGCUGCCCUACCAUGUCUACUUUCUCCUGCAUCAGUUCUUCCCUGACAUGUUUGAAGAACAGUUCAUCCAGCAGGUCUACCUGGCCAUCAUGUGGUUGGCCAUGAGCUCCACCAUGUACAACCCCAUCAUCUACUGCUGCCUCAAUGACAGGUUUCGUGCUGGAUUUAAACAAGCCUUCCGCUGCUGCCCCUGUGUUCCUCGAGGCUCUUAUGAAGGCCUGGAACUGAAGUCCACCCGCUACCUUCAGACUCAGACCAGCGUUUACAAGGCGAGCCGAAUGGAGACCACCGUAUCUACUGUCCUCCAGAGUGGGGACGACGCGGAGCAGCCCAAGGUCAAGGCGACAGCGGUUUCAGGGCCCGGUGUGGCUGGAGUCGGGGCCAGACCACAUAGCUCCUCCCUGGACCUCACUUCAAACGGGUCAUCAUCCCGGAGUGUCUCCAAAACGGUAUCAGAGACGUCCAGUUUCUACUCCAGUAACAACCUGCAAGAAUAAACCUCAAGUACAGGCAGCGUUUGUCUGGACAGCAGAGAGAGAGAGUGUGAGUUGACUGUUCACAUAGCUACUUUUGUCUGCGUGUAUUCAUGCAAAGUACAGUGUGAUUGUGUGAGUUUGUCUGCUGGUGACUGUCAGUGUCUAAUGAAUAUAUUUCUGAUGUGUUCACUGGAACAUCAUGAUAGGAAAUGUCUUCACUGAGCCCUCUUCCUACUCACAACAUCCUGGUAGAAAGUACUCACGCUACUCACAGCUAAUGAUCAACUGGCAACAAGAAGAUUUGCUCAGUUCCAGAAAGCAACGAGGAGCACUUCAAUGACAUGAGCACAUUCCAGUUCAAAAGCGACGCUGAAGCAGACGCUAGCGCCUCCGAUCUUCACAGCUUCUGCUUGUCACACCAGCCUUCUCUCAGUGCAGAGAGAAGGUUCACACAUCCUCAAUCACACAGGCUAUGUGAUUUCACACGGUUUAUUUUGGAGUGGCGCUACAACAUGAGACCAGCAUGCUUUCAACAAGGCGACCCUUCGUUUUAACAGGGGCGGUUCUCUGCAAAGAAACAAAGCUUAGAUUUUCAGUGUGCCGAGUAAGUGCCUGACUGUGGUUUCAGUUAAAAGUUCAACCAUAAAAGGUGAU